AUGGACAGGUACCUGUACGUGUUCGAGCGCCCCUGCUGCGGGGCGUGCGACCUCCUGUGCUACAGCUGCACCGGGCGCUCCCGGGCCUUCCACAGGACGCGCAGCAGCAAGAAGGACUGGGGAAACACCACCUCCACCACCACCACCUCCGCCGCAGGCGGCAGCAACGGCGCCACCGCUGCCGCGGGGAUCGACUCGAAAGGUAGAGGCGGGCGUAGCACCAUGCGGAACAAAACCGAAAAAGACAGCGGCGGCGGCGGCGGCAACGUCGGUGGGGGCCCCGGUGGCGUAGGGGGCCCCGGGGUAUCGGUGAGGGGGGACAACUGGCUGGGUACCCACGAGGCGGCGCUGUUGAGGGUGGCCGGGCUCCACCGCGGGUGCGAGGUCGUGGACGCGCACUUCGCCUCCGGCGUGGUGGAAACCCCGUACUGCGUUCUGGUGGACCACGCCUGGCGGUGCGUGGUUGUGUCGAUCCGGGGAACCAUGUCGCUGGACGACUGCCUGUGCGACCUGCAGGCGGAGCCGGCGUGCAUGGAGGAGUCCGGCAAGAGGUGGGGGUUCGACGGCCGCGGCAUGUACGCGCACGAGGGUGUUCUCGCUCGAGCGGAGUGGGUGCGGAAGGACCUAGAGGACCAAGGCCACAUCCGUGCCCUUCUCCUUGGCGGGGGCCCCGCAGGAGAGGAAGGGGCCCCGCAGAGAGUAGCAAGCGUCGCGCCGGGUGGUGGCCGUCGCACCCCCCCCCGCUUCCGAGACUACUCCCUCCGGGUGACCGGGCACUCCCUGGGGGGAAGCACGGGGGCCCUGCUGGCGUACAUGCUUCGCUGGGAGUACCCCUCUGUACGGUGCGUGGCUAUCUCGCCAUUGGGGGGCCUUCUUAACUCGCCGCACGCGGAGAAUUGCGGCGAGUUUGUGCUGUCGUCGGCCCUCGGGGAGGACGUCGUGCCGCGGCUGUCGGUGUUGGCCAUGGAGCGCAUGCGGGACGAGGUCCUGGAGCUGAUCGCGCGCACCAAGGCGAACAAGCUGACCGUCAUGCGGUCCAUGGUGAGAGCAGUCUCCUUUUCAAGGGAUACGGGACCAUCACCAUCCCCGCGCUCCUCCUCCACGGGCUUCGGCGGCUGCGGCGGCUGCGGCGGUGGUGGUGAUAGCGGCCGCGACCUAGAGCACGGCGAUGACCUCGGUGGCUUGGUGUACGGGCAGGACGAACCGGUGCCGGAGACCCGGUUCUCGUCGCAGCUGCGGCGGUACCGAGCGCUGGUGCUAGCGACGAACGGCGACACUCAUCUCGGCGGUGAGGACUUUGAUCAGCGCGUGAUGCAGUACUUCAUCAAGUUGUUCAACAGGAAAACAGGCACCGACAUCACCGGAGACGUCAAGGCCACCCAGAAACUCCGACGCGAGGUGGAGCGCGUGAAGCGCGUGUUGUCCAGUCAGCACCAGGCCCGCGUUGAGAUCGAGUCUCUCGUGGAUGGUCACGACUUUUCGGAGACGCUCACUCGGGCUCGCUUUGAGGAGCUCAACAUCGACCUGUUCAAGAGGACCCUAGCUCCGGUGCAGAGAGCAUUGAAGGACGCCGACCUGGACAUGUCCGAGGUGCACGAGGUCGUGCUCGUUGGUGGCUCCACACGCAUACCAAAGGUCCAAGAGCUUCUGAAGGACCUGUUCAACGGCAAGGAGCCAUCGCGGGGCAUCAAUCCCGACGAAGCAGUCGCCUACGGCGCGGCGAUUCAGGGAGACAUUAUCGGAGGAGGUAGCCUGGAAGGCGAGGUAGUGGUGCUUGACGUGAUCGCCCUCAGUCAGGGCAUCGAAACAGUGGGCGGUAUGAUGACCAAUAUCAUCCCGCGGAACAGCGUCGUCCCCACCAAGAAGACCAAAGUGUUUUCCACCUACCAGGACAACCAACCCGCUGUACUCGUCAAGGUCUUCGAAGGAGAACGGGCCAUGACCAAGGACAACCAUGUGCUAGGGAAGUUCGAGCUGACAGGAUUGCCGCCGGCGCCACGCGGAGUGCCUCAGAUCGAGGUGACCUUCGAAGUCGACGUGAACGGCAUCUUGCAGGUCUCGGCAAGGGACACCGGCAGCGGCCGCAGCGAGAAGAUCGUCGUCACCGGCGACACGGGGCGUCUCUCGCCGGAGGAGAUCGAGAGGAUGGUGCAAGAUGCCGAGGACUACCGUGAGGACGACAGGCUGAUCAAGGAGCGUACCGACGCUAAGAACUCGCUCGAGGGCUAUCUGUACAACUUGAAAAAUCUUCUGGAAGAUGAUGGCGGAGGGGUUGCCAGCAAAAUCAGCGACGCGGACAGGGAGGAACUUGAAUCCACCAUCAACGAAGCUCUUGACUGGCUGGACGAAACUCCGAAUGCCGAGACGGAGCAAUUCCAAUCGCGCAUGAAAGACAUCGAGCAGAUCGCCAACCCGAUCAUGUCGCGACUCUACAGCCAGGAUUCCACCGGAGGAGGAGGGGGCGGCGAUGACUAUGACUACGACUUUGGGGAUGACGAGCUAUAG